AUUUCUCUUGCAAAUUACAAUAAUCGAACCCGGUGGCAAAAGCAGUGGUCUGAUCCGAAGUUGGUGUGUAUCCGAGUGAUCGACCUCCAUACUUCAUUUCAAUUAGGGUUUUUGCUUGUCGAGAGAGACAGAGAGAGAAAGGGGAAUUGGAAUUCUUAGGGUUAGGGCCUGCUGUGAUUACAAUUCGAUCUCCGCCCUGAGUUUGAAAGGAGGUCCCCCAGAAGGGGCAAACAUUUAUUGGGUAGUCCAAUGCAUUUCAUUUAAUUUCAAGUAAAUAAAGGAAGUUCUCCAAUGGCCAAGAAAUCUGUAGCUCAACGAAGGCUAACGAAACUCGAUGUCUAUCUUUAUAUACCCAAUAUAAUUGGGUACAUAAGGGUUCUUAUGAACUGUUUUGCCUUUGCCCAAUGCUUCUCCAACAAGCAGCUUUUCUCCGUUCUCUAUUUCAUCAGCUUUGUCUGUGAUGGCAUUGAUGGUUGGUGUGCUCGCAAAUUCAACCAAGUUUCGACUUUUGGAGCUGUUUUGGACAUGGUAACAGACAGGAUAAGCACUGCGUGUCUAUUGGUAGUACUUUCACAAGUAUACCGGCCUGGCUUGGUUUUCCUUUCAUUACUUGCCUUAGAUAUUGCCAGCCACUGGCUGCAGAUGUACAGUACUUUCCUGUUAGGCAAGGCUAGUCACAAAGAUGUGAAAGACAGCACUAAUUGGCUUUUUAAAGCAUACUACGGAAACCGGAUGUUUAUGGCUUACUGUUGUGUGGCAUGUGAGGUGCUUUAUAUAAUUCUAUUUCUUCUUGCAAAGAACGAAACUGAGAAUUUGAUUGCUGUUUUAAUGGGUCUUGCAAAGCAUAUUACACCUCUUUCUGUUCUAGUUGGUUUGAGUUUAUUUGGAUGGGCAGUCAAGCAAGCUGUUAAUCUUAUACAGUUGAAGACAGCAGCAGAUGUGUGCGUGCUUCAUGACAUCAACAAAAAGCAAAGCCCCUAAUGCACAUCAACUUCUGUGAACCAGAGGCGCAUUCUACAUCCAGGUUCCUACUCAGUUCAUGUCGAAAUAUGUUACCGUAGCGGAUGAGAAUGCUUUUGUAAUUUCUUUUCUUUUGUUGAUCUGUAUUUCUCCCCCAAGUUAACAACACAAAAUUAGACAAAUUUGACAUCUUUUCGUAACAUUAAAUGAAAAGAAAAGAAAAAAAAAAAAAAAAAGGUUAACAAGGCCAUUUCCUAUUUCCUAUGUUUCAUUCUCCUAAUUGGUUGCAUGAUGUGAAUCCACUCUGCAAACUAUUUUGUAAUUGCAACGAUGAUUAUGAAAGGAUUUGAAUUUUGAUACGCA